UUUUUUUUAUUUAUUUAUUUAUUUAUUUAUUUUUUUUUUGUACAUAAAAAAUGGCAAAAAUAGUAGAUAGGGCUAUAUGGAAUAUUGGCCCUAUAUUCAUAGGCAUUGCUAUCAUUUUACUUGAAAUGUGUACAUUAGCUUUUUAUUUAGUCAUUUUCCCAUAUAAUCAUACUUGGACAGAUACUUUUCUUUUUAAUAAACUAUAUACGAUUUGUACAUUACUUUUCACACUCUAUAUAGUGUAUUGUAUUCAUUUCCAUUAUUAUAUGGCUAUUGCCACUCCUCCUGGUGAUAUGAAGGAUUAUAGGUUACAUCAAUCAACAGACGCUGCAAGUAUACUUGAUGAAAAAAAGAAAAAAAAAAUAAUAAUUAAUAUAUUGAAUACAUAGGAACCUUCUACGAGGACAAUGCUAUUAGAAAUGGAAGAAUAUCAACAGUUUCCUAAUUCAUGUAAAAAAUGUAAGAAUCUAUCAUUUAUUAUCAUCAUUAGGAAUUGAAAAUGUGAAAAAAAAAUAAAUAAAUAAA